AUGAAAAGAGAGAAUGACACUAUGGAGAAAGAAGAUGAACACUCCAAGAAGGUUGACUGGGAGAAAGACAAGAGACAUGGCAACAAGAAACCACACCUGAUGUCAGCCUUGGAGAUCAAGUAUAACUUGGCCAGCAAAGAAGAGAAGGCAGAAUUGAAAAAGGACAUGGAAAAAGAAAAACAUGCAGCUUUUGACAAAAAAGCUGUCAAACCGGAGGAUGUGAAGGAAGCAGCUGUUGACAAAACAGUUGUAAAGGAGGAGCCCACAGCAGCAGAACAGAAAGAUGCCUUGACAAAAGGCAGUGAUGCACCAGAACAGAAAGAUGCCUUGACAAAAGGCAGUGAUGCACCAAAGACUUUUGGGCCAUCCAAAGAGCAACUUAAGAAAGGGAAGGAGCCUGAGAGGAAAAAAAAGCCACCAGUGCAAGAGGUUGUGGAUUGGGGUGCUUCUAGCUCCAGUGAGUAUGAGUACUACACUGAGACUGAAAGUGAAUCUGAGGAGUCACCCCCCAAGAAAAGCAGAAGCCAGUCACCCCUUGACAAAAGGGGUCAAAAAAAAUGGGUUCAAAAAGAAAGCCCACCCUUGGCUCUGCAAGAAGCUGAAAAGGUCGCAGUGGAUUGGCACCACACCCUGGAAUGGCAUGACAAUGUGUCCCCACAAAACAUCAGGGCCUUGGAUGCUUUGAAAGAUGCUGGGUACCAGGUCUACCUUUGCAGUUUCUCAGGGUGGGACAGAGCCCAAGAAACCAAGAGACUGAGCUGGAAGGUAUGGCAGGGCUGGGAAAAGCAAAUCUACACAACAGAGAAGACUGGAAACUAUGGAAAAGCACAGGCCUGCUAUUACCACAACAUCAAAACCGUCUUUGAUGACACCUGGGAGGUCAUUGAUGAAUGCAGCAGAUGGGGUGUUGAAACAUACCCUGUGGUGUCCAAGUGGGAUGAGAAAUACUGGGAAGGGAUUGAUACCUACAGGUCCUUUGCCCAGGCUGUGCAAGCUUUCCUUGACAAAAGGCUCCAUGCCACCAAAAAAAAACAUGUGUGGAAAGGAAUUUUGAAGAAACCUGCAGCCAAAGCUUUCCCUUGCCCAAAGGGCAAAGCCAAGGCAAAAGGUAAAAAACAGAAAAGCACCUUGACAAAAGGUGACCUUGCCAAGCUUGGCAAACUGAGUUUGGAUGAGAGAGUGAAAAAAGUGAGUGAGGAAAACCAGUCUCCAGAGGAAGCUGCCUUGGCCUUGAAAGAUUCCUUGACAAAAGAUGAAUCUGCCAAGAUGUGGUCAAAACACCAAACAUAUUUGAAAGCCAAGCCAGAAGAGAGAUCAGCCCAUGAGCAACUCACAAAAAAGGAAAAAGGGCUUGAGGUAGUCCUUUGGUUUCUCAAGCACAAGAAAGGUAUGUUCUUCCACACAGAAGCUUCCAAAGAAGCAAGUGAAACCUUGACAAAAGGUGAGAAAUGGGUCAGUGAGAUGAAAAUGCUGCAAGAAUUCAGCCAGGAAGAGUUCACCAUGCACUUGAACAGUGGCAGGAUUCUUUGGAGGUCUGACCCAUGGACACCUGGAGUGUACAAUUAUUGCGACCAAGGAGACCAAAGCAAACAAACAGUAUUGAAAAGGAAAAACAAAGUGACAGCAGGCCAGGAAAGGGAAUUGGAAACAGAAGAAGAUGAAAAGGAGUUUUUGGCCUUUUGGGGCAAGGGGGCUUUGGCCAGCAUGCAAGAAGCUGAGGUUGCUUUCAAAGGCCAAGGUGCCUUGACAAAAGGCAAAAAAGAUACCUUGCCAAAAGGUAAGGGAAAAGGAAGGGCCAAAAGCUUGCUGGCCCUUACAAAUGGUGAAGAUGAGAAUAGCAAAGAUGAAGAUAAGGACAAGAAAACACCAGAAGAAGAAUGGGCUGAGUGCUUGACAAAAGCACAAAAGAGCAAAGAACAGCUGAGGGUGGCCAUGGCCAAUUUGCAAGAAGCUUUGGAUGCUGCCACUGCAGCAGGCAGAACUUCCAAGCAGGACAGGAAAGAUGCCACCUUAGCUUUGAAAGAAGCCCAGGAGUGGGAGCAAAAGCUCAAGGCAAUAACAAGCAAAAGCAAGGGAGGCAAUGUGGAGUCAGCAAAGCAAAACAUCAUAGGUGCAGUGGCAGCCACCAACAAAAUCAAAAAGGAGGUGAAAGAGUUCAGAGCAUUGGCAAACAGAAGUUUUUCCAAAACCAGCAAGAACUAG